GCUGAAUUUGUGCAGCCAGUGAGGUUUGGUUCCGAGCCUGUUGCUCUUAUUUAUCCUUCAAGCCUAAGCACUUGUUCUGCAUUCACCACUUCUUCUUUUCUUUCCUUCCAUGCAAACAAAAAACUCUUUUUUACAGUGAAAGAAACCCAGCUGAAUUGAGUUUUGAGUUUUGAGGUUUUGAGUAAUAUACGUAGAAAUUCAGUGGCACAAGUUGUCUGGUACUUUACCAGUAGCAUUGAAUUCACUGCAUAUACUUGUAUCAGGUGUUACUGUAUUGUAUAGUGAUUCAGAUUUUCAUGAUGUUGUCUGCAAAAUCUGAAUCGGAUAUCACAAGUUUAGCUCCUUCUUCACCUUCGAGGUCUCCAAAGCGUCCUGUGUACUAUGUGCAAAGUCCUUCAAGGGAUUCUCACGAUGGAGACAAGUCAUCUUCAAUGCAGGCUACUCCAAUAUCAAACAGUCCAAUGGAGUCUCCUUCACACCCUUCGUUUGGGCGUCAUUCUAGGAACUCUUCUGCAAGCCGUUUUUCAGGGAUUUUCAGGUCAUCUUCUGGAAGGAAAGGUAGUAGGAAGAGAAAUGAUAAGGGGUGGCCCGAGUGUGAUGUGAUUUUGGAAGAAGGUUCUUAUCAUGAGUUUGAUGACAAGGGCUUCACAAGACGCUUCCAAGCAUUAAUUGCCGUGUUUACCUUUGUGGUUGUUUUCACUGUCUUUUGCUUGAUCAUCUGGGGUGCCAGCAGACCUUAUAAAGCACAAAUCAAUGUCAAGAGUUUGACAGUGCACAAUAUGUACGUUGGAGAGGGCUCAGAUUUCACAGGUGUCAUCACGAAAAUGAUGACAGUAAAUGUCACUUUGCGCAUGAGCAUCUAUAACCCUGCUACAUUUUUUGGAAUUCAUGUGCACUCCACACCCAUCAAUCUUGUCUUCUCAGACAUCACAGUUGCCACAGGCGAACUGAAGAAAUACUAUCAGCCGAGAAAAAGUAACCGCAUUGUAUCAGUGAACGUGGAGGGUACAAAGGUUCCUCUCUAUGGUGCUGGAUCCACCAUAGCUGCCUCUCAAACUGGUGUUGAAGUUCCUCUCACAUUGAACUUUGAAAUCCAGUCACGUGGCAAUGUGGUUGGUAAACUGGUGAAGACAAAGCACCAUAAGCAAAUCACUUGCCCCUUGGUCAUCAACUCUUCCAGAUCAAAACCUAUCAAAUUCAAAAGGAAUUCAUGCACCUACGAAUGAUGAAUGUUCAUUUUCAUACAGUUGUAAUCUGUUUUGAAACUGUCCCUUAAAAUUGCAUAAUCUAUGGCCUGUGCCUGCCUAGCUUCAGAUUAGAAGGUUCGUUUGGUUUGCAAGAGAUGUAAUAUAUGCACUCCAAAAAAUACUUUACAUACAACCAUUGCCCUGAAUCCCUUCUGUAGUUUACUGUCAUGAGCAUUGUGUCAAUAAAUGCAUGUAAAUUUGAAUAUGCAUAUAUGCAUAAAAUGAACAGACAAUGAAAUUGAGAAAUCAUCUUUAGUGAAA